AUGACUGAUCACAGCACUCAGUCACCUUCCAAUCAGAAUUACGCAAAGCCGGCAACAUCUUUUCUCGGUUCUCCAAGGUUCAAAGCUUUCACCUUCAAGGUUCUCCCAGAAGCUGAACCUAUGAUGAGUCCAACUUCGAUUCUUGACACUACUAAACCAUACUUUCCCUUGAAAAUCCCCUUCUCUUAUGACAUAAACCAACCUAAAUCCCCAAAAGUUUUCUCAGAGAACCAACACUCAUGGGACAAAUCAGACUCAAAGGGCAUUGGUCUUGCACUUAUUAAUGAUGAUGCGCCAAGCUGUGGCAAACCCAUCAAAGAGAAUGAUAACAAUUGUUCUAAACCCAGUAACAGAAUGGUCUUGUUUGGCACCAAGCUCAGAGUUCAAAUCCCACCGGCACCAAACUCUAUACUAUCUCCAGUUGAGUCACGUGAAUCUCCAGGCGACUUCGGAAUUAAGACCCCCAGGAGCUCACAAUUAUCAGCAUCUGGUUCAGUCAAUUCUGGCUUUCAAUCAAAAGAUUCUCCUCAGCUCUUCACCCGUUGCAUAUCAAUGAGUGAAAUGGAGCUCUCUGAAGAAUAUACAUGUGUCAUAACUCAUGGACCUAAUCCAAAAACCACUCAUAUUUUUGACAACUGCAUUGUGGAGAAUUACUGUUCUUUAUCAGAUAUGUCCAAAUCUGAGCCCAAGAGUUUCCUUAGCUUCUGUUACACUUGCAAGAAGAAUCUUGAACAGAAAAAUGACAUUUACAUUUACAGAGGUGAAAAGGCUUUUUGCAGUCAGGAAUGCCGUUACCAAGAAAUGUUGUUAGAUGAAGUAGAGAAUUGA